AUGUGCCAGCGCAUACAGACGCUGAUUCAUCCAAUCACAGAGCUUUCGCUUCAAUGUGUUUGCCAAAUGUCAAUCAUUUAUGGGUCGUCUGACGGUCAAAUUGGUUCCACCUUACAGCUCGAGGACCAUGCAGUUGUCUCAGCGAAGUCAAAUAUUGCUUUGACGGACAUGGUAACUCGACGACUAGACUCCACCACGCCCGUGAAAUCGACUCACGGCACGCCGACCAGAAGCCUUUCAGCCCCCGUUAGAAGCAUUUCGGCGGGAUUCUCGCCGCGACCGCUGACCUCCCCGUACUCCACCCCUUCCUCCUCCUUUUCCCUCUUCGGCGGAAAGCCAUGGCGGUCGUGGGCGUGGGCCGCGAACAGCCUCCCGCUGCUUUCCUUCUUUGUGCUCGCGCUUAUCGCGACGGGGCUGGUGAACCAGCUCAACUCGCUCGCGGGGGUCGAAGUUGUGACUAUAUCGGAUGCGGAGAUGGCGAGGAUUCGAGUCGUGGGCGACGUGUGUGGGAUGGGUCCGAUGGAGUUGAGAAGCAUAAUGGCGGAAGAGCAUGGGUGGCGGCGAGACGAGCCGCGGUACUGGUACGCGGGGCGGUGGCAGACGAACCGGCAGCUCUACCUCGCCUUGGAGAUCGUGCGAAAACAGUUACCACGCGACGCCGUCGUGUGCGCGAUGGCGGCGGUGCACGGCCAAGUGCCAUGCCAGCACGCGCCGUGCGUGCUGACCCUACACGUGCGGCCGUACUACUCGGAUUUCAGCGUGCUGAAGCAGCUUGUCGAGAUGGACGAGUUCGGCUUCAUCAAGCACUUCCGGCCGCGAACUGUGCUAGACGCAGGAGCCAACGUGGGCUAUGCAACGCUCAUAUUCUCCACGUUCUUCCCCAACGCCACUGUGGUCGCCAUAGAGGCGAGCGACAAGAACUUUGAGGUGUUACGCCGUAACACGUAUCGCCUGCCGAACGUGUACGCGGUGCAUGCGGGGUUGUUUAACCACUCUGGGAUGGUGAUGCUAAGGAAUGGGACACAAACGAAGACGAGGGAGGGGUGGCAGUAUGUGGUCACGCCAGUGCCCUCUAAUAGCAGCCGUGACACAAACGAAGGUGAUACUAACGAUGAUGUGCAGAAUGGGGUAGAGGGUGAAGCGAACAGCAUCAACAGCAGCAGAGCGGAAAGCACAGGGGCAGCUGAGGGGGGUGUGACUAUCCGUGCUGUGACUGUAGGCGAUGUGCUAAAGCAGGUGGGCUUGGCGAGAUUUGAUUUUGUGAAGAUGGAUAUCGAGGGGUCCGAGGCUGAAGUGCUGGCCAUGCCCCCAUUGGCAGCAGGCACGGAUGUGACAACAGCAAAUGCUGAUCCCACUGUCCGGGUGAUGGCGGUGGAAGUGCACGACCGCGUGAAACCAAAUUGCACCGCUACUGUAGAGGCUGCUACUGUAGCGAGGCAGUGGCGACUGCUGGCACGAUCAGGGGAGUAUCUUGUGCUCGAGAAUGAGAGGUGGAGUGUGAGGAGGGGGAGGCGAGGAGGGGGAGCGGUGCAAAGGGCGGAGGACAGGGAGAAGUUGAGAAAGGUGGAGAAGAAGGAAGUGGAGAGGAGGAAGGAGGGGACGACAGAGGAGGGGAGGGUGCAGCAAGGAGCGCAGGCAGGUUCAGGGGAGGGGCAAAGAGAAGAGGUGGAAGGAAGGAGAUAG